CUAUUGUCUGUAUUUUAUCCUGUCACGAUCAUGGAGUGGGCGGCAGAUUGAUCCGACUUGAGGAACCAAGUUGAAUUGAUGUUUCUGGGUUGCUCCAUUCCAUGGUUUCCAACACCUAAAACGAACUAGAUUCAACAUAUGUGUGAUAUUAUCUCCGAUAUCCUUGAAUUCAAGAUCAACGAGUGCUGCUCAUCGUCACCAUACCAGACUGAGAGAUGAGUUGCUUUUCAUGCUCUUCGUCCCGUGAGAAGGAGGUAGCUUCCAAUAGCGUGGCUCCACCACGGACCGAGACUAAUGAGCCGAAACCGCUAAUUGAGACCGCACCGGAGAAGGACACUCCUAAAGAAGCAGGCGGCAACGACAACGUUGCGGUGCAAACAUUCACCUUCCAAGAACUGGCCACGGCCACGGAGAACUUUAGGCAGGAAUGCCUGAUCGGGGUAGGCGGGUUCGGGAGAAUUUUUAAGGGAAGGCUCGACAAAACCGGGCCGGUCGUGGCUGUGAAACAACUCGACCGGAACGGCUUGCAAGGGAACAGAGAGUUGCUUGUGGAGGUGUUGAUGCUGAGCACUUUGCACUAUGAGAACUUGGUGGAUCUCGUCGGCUAUUGCGCUGAGGGCGAGCAGAGGCUUUUGGUUUUCGAGUACAUGCCGCACGGUUCCUUGGAAGACCAUCUGCUCGUUCUUGGGCCAAACCAAAAGCCAUUAGAUUGGUUCACAAGAAUGAAGAUAGCUCUAGGAGUGGCUAAGGGCUUGGAGUAUCUGCACGACAAGGCAAACCCCCCGGUCAUCUACCGUAAUUUGAAGCCCUCCAACAUUCUUCUGGACAGCCAGUUCAACGCGAAGCUCUCCGAUUUCGGGCUGGCCAAGCUUGGUCCAGUGGGGGACAAACAGCACGUGUCUACGAGAGUGGUGGGUACUUACGGCUACUGUGCCCUGGAGUAUCAGAGCACGAGCCAGCUUUCUGUGAAGUCGGAUGUGUACAGCUUCGGCGUUGUCCUCUUGGAGUUGAUCACCGGAAGGAGAGCCAUCGACAUCACCCAGCCGACAGAAGAGCAAAAUCUAGUCACUUGGGCACAACCCGUUUUUAAGGACCCUCGCAGAUACCCAGAAUUGGCGGAUCCGCUCCUAAACAGUGACUUUCCCUUGAGAGGCCUGAACCAGGCAAUUGCAGUGGCCGCGAUGUGCCUCAACGAAGAAGUGGCGGUCCGACCCUUAAUGACCGGCGUUGUGACUGCAUUGAGCUACCUCUGGUUAGGCCCCGGAGCAGGAACCGUAACGGCCCACACGCAAUAUCCUCAGUCUGAUCACAACGUGAGGGGCGGAGAUAGGACAAACCAGGCAGAGGAGGCCACCGGCACGGCAGAGCACAAGCCCGCAGUUGCGGAAGCCAUUGAAUGGGGCUUCAACUCGCGGUGCAAGUGAAAAGAUCUCCAGGAACAUGGUUCUCUUUCUCAUGUUUAAAGAUUAAAGCAGGAUCUUUAGAAUUUCGCGUACGUAGAGAUGCGCUUACAGAUAUCUGCAGAUGCAUCUAGGAAGACACCAAACCAUGAACGUUCGUCCGAGAAUUUAUAGUUUAAGUUAUUACCUUGUAU